CCUGACGCCAUUUUAAGAUUUCUGUCGCAGUUGCGCAAAUCACAUAAGACAAAAUCAUCACCAAACCCACGGUACACUCACUUUACUUGUCAAUUUUGUCAUGUCCGUCAACUGUGACGACGUCAUCGUUCAAAUUUUUGAUGGUUGGCGGUUUUUAAAAUUUUUAGGUUAAUUCUGUGAUAAAACAUCUAUAUGCCUGUGCUUUAUUUAUUAUAUCGCGUUUAUGAAGAUUUCUUUAGUGUAUUUAUGAAUUAAACUGUAUACGAUGGUUGAUAACGGUUCUACUUUAUCAUGUGCAGUGACCAUAGAAUGGCUAAACAAACAAGGAAUUGUGCAGAGAAAGGUGUCCCACAAAAAAGGCUUUGUACAACUUAUUAGGGAUGAUAGGCGUGAAAUGUUUGUACAAAUUAGCGCAGAAAAGUGUAGUUCAAUAAAACUAUCACUGAAAGGUAUUUCCGUCCAUAAAAAGUUCAUGAACGAGGGUAAAACAUCCAUAAAAUUUCAACCACUAAAUUGUACCAUGUAUUUAUCAAACGCACCGCCUGGCGAUUUGCUGUCCUUCUUAAGAACUAUGUUCGUCAAAAUGACGGGUGAAAAAAGUGCACCAAACGCAAAUACUUCACUGAGAACACAGCUGCUGUCUAGCAAACCCCAACAGUUUGAAGAGAUUUCACCUGUAACAACUAUAGAACUUAAUAAUGCAAUGAAAAAAGCUACCAGAGCUUCAGAUACUACACCUAGUCCCCUGGCAGGCAAAAAACGAAAAUUAGAAGGGAGUGACAGACCUAGUGCAAGCAAGCCCACAUCAGCAAAAAGAUUGUAUACCUCAUCACCUAUAUCAAAUGAACCAUUGGACUUUGAACAGAAAGAAGUAUUGGAUGCUUGUCUUUCUGGUCGCAAUAUUUUUUUCACAGGCAGUGCUGGAACUGGAAAGAGUUACUUGUUAAGGAGGAUAAUUAGGGCACUACCUCCUGAUGUUACUGUAGCUACAGCAUCUACUGGUGUUGCUGCAUGCCACAUAGGAGGCAUAACACUACACCAGUUUGCUGGUAUUGGUAAUGGAGAUGCAUCCUUAGAAAGAAGUGUACAACUGGCAUCUAAACCAGUUGCGCUGGGUAUAUGGAAGAAAUGCAAGUACCUUAUCAUUGAUGAAAUAUCUAUGGUUGAUGGAGAUUAUUUUGAAAAAAUUGAACAGGUGGCAAGAAGAGUAAGAAACAACGAGAAACCUUUUGGCGGACUUCAGCUAAUUCUUUGUGGUGAUUUUUUCCAAUUACCUCCAGUGUCUAAACCAAAACUUGGGGAAUCUAAAGCUGCACCACCGAAAUUUUGCUUUAAGACGAAUGCCUGGGAGAGUUGCAGGUUCAAUACCUUUGAGCUGAAAAGAGUGCAUAGACAGACUGAUGACAGGUUCAUCAAGAUAUUGAAUAAAAUUAGAAUUGGACACGUAGAUGAAGAAGUCACGGAUGCUUUGAUGUCAACUUCUAAGCAAACGAUUGAGCGUGACGGCAUCCUCGCAACGAGAUUAUGUUCGCACACCAAAGAUGCAGACAUUAUAAACGAAUCUAAGCUAAAGGCGUUGCCUGGACACUGUAUAUUGUUUGAAGCUCAGGACUCUGUGCCAGGAACCACAAAUAUGUUGGAUCAACAGACACCUGUUUCCAGCAAGUUGGAACUUAAAGUUGGAGCUCAGGUGAUGCUCUUAAAGAACAUCAACGUAUCCGCAGGUCUAGUGAACGGCGCUAGAGGCGUCGUAAAAUCAUUCACGGAAGGGUUACCAGUAGUCCUAUUCAAAAACAAGGAACUACACCUCAAGAAAGAACGUUGGGUGGUAAAAUCAGCAUCUGGGGGAUCCAUCACUCGUGUUCAGCUACCUUUGAAACUGGCUUGGGCUUUCUCCAUCCACAAAUCGCAGGGACUAACAUUGGAUUGUGUUGAAAUGUCCUUAGGUAGAGUUUUUGAAGCUGGACAGGCAUAUGUGGCUUUGAGUAGGGCACAGAGCUUAGAUUCAUUGAGAGUUUUGGAUUUUAAGGCUAGUCAAGUUUGGGCAAACCCUGACGUUUUGGAAUUUUAUAGAUAUAUGGAUCAAAUUAGAAUCAUUCCUUUAGGACCUAAAAGCAAAAUCGUGAAUGAAGGAAAUGUCUUGAGGAAAAAGUCCGCACCUAAGUCAAAAUUAUAUAGCAAACCAUUAGUAACAAUCUCAUGAAACAUACUGAUAAGAUACUCAUUUAUUUCGUGAAAAUUUAGCCAAGUAAUUACUUUUAUUAAGGUUAAGAAUGCUUAAUGAAAUUGGUAGUAAAGUAUUUCUUUUAUUUCUGGUUGAUCGUGAAGCCUAUAAGUUUAUGUUAUACCUCGUCAAAUUCUGAUAAGUCGAUUUUUGAUAGGCAAUUUUAUAUGAUUUAUCAUCUCAUAAAAGAUUUUUAUUUGAACCAUUUAUGUUUGAAUAAACAUAUUUUGUGCAAAAUGCUAAAUAAAACUAUUUCCUUAUCGUGAUCUCUCUAAUCAGUUGUAUAGCGUUUAUUUUAAAAUAGGGCCUUAACAAUAUUGUGAUACCGAGAUUUUAUAUUAUAAAUUCGUAAGAUGUUUCUUUUUUAAAUAAAACCAGUCCACCGAAUUAGUAGUCAUAUGUGUGAAAACUGAAAAUCUAUUUUCCUAAAGAUGUAUUCCUGAUCUGAGCUAAGUAUUAUUUUGUUCGUAAUAUCGGGUUUUCCAAUAGGGACUUGACAACUUUGAACUUUCACGCACCUUUAAAUCAAUUACUGAACUGUCAAAAUAUUCAGUAAAGAAAAUAUUUUCAUCAUGGUGAAGUACUCGAACGAACAACGCUUACAAAAAUAAUUAAAAUUUAAUACCGAAAUUCCGAGUCGGUGACUGCAACUUUAAGAGAGUUAACGCCCAUUUUUGGACGUAAUUCUCGUCCCAGUAGACAAGCAAUUCAUAGUCUAGUAAAAAAAAUUGAGUCCACAAAUUCGCUGCUGGUGUUCCCGUGCCAGUAAGACAACGGGUUGGUCAAAGUGCCGACAAUAUUGCUGCCGUUCAAGGUUCCGUCGAUUCCACGGCGUUCUCAAGAAUUGGGCAUCGCUCAGACUACACUAUGGCGAAGAGAUCUUGGCCUGCACCCUUACAAGAUCAAGUUAACUCAAGAACUGAAGCCAUUUGGGCAUAUGAACCGACGUACGUUCUCGAAUUGGUCUCUAGAAAUGUUGCAAGAAAAUGACCAAUUUCAACGCAAAAUCAUCUUCAGUGAUGAGGCGCGUUUUUGGUUAAACGGCUUCGUCAACAAACAGGUGAAAACCCUCAUGUGCUUCAAGUAACACCACUUCAUCCACAAAAAAUAACUGCAUGCUGUGGCUUUCAUGCCGGUGGUGUCAUUGGGCUGUUUUUUUUUUUUUUCGAUGAUGAAAAUGAUCGUCACGUUACAGUCAACGGAGAUUCGCUACAGACAUGUUGCAACGUUAUUUUUUUUGGUCAAUUGGAUGGGCUGGACAUUAACGAUAUGCGGUUUCAACAAGACGCUGGCACAAGUCACACAGCGGGUGAAACGAUCGGUAUAUUGAAAUCAGAAUUCGAUGAACGUGUUAUAUCGAGAAAUACGGGUAGUCCUGUCGAAUGGCCGCCUAGAUCAUGUGAUUUAACACCUCUAGACUUUUUUGUGGGGCUACUUUAAAUCAUUGGUCUAUGUCAACAAGCCGGCGUCAUUAGAGGAGCUCAGAGCCAAUAUUGAACGAGAGAUAGCGGCCGAUUCUGUCGAAAUGUGUGGUCGAGUCAUUGAAAAUUGGGUUCAACGAAUCGAUCGCUGCGAACGUGCCCGUGGUGAACAUAUGAACGAGGUCGAAUUACAUGCAUAAAUGUUUCGAGUAUACUUCAAUCCAAUAAUAAAAUUUUUGAGGUAUCUCAAAUGAUUUGCGUUUUACUUAAAAGGAAAGUUGUCAAGUCCUUAAUGGAAAACCCUUCAUUACUGCAAAUAAUUAUUAUGAAAAAAAUUAAUAAAACUUGGGAAAUUAUACGAA